AUAUCGUAAUUGCUGGUAUCCGCUGUGUUCGCAAUGACAGUUCGGCAGUUGAAUGUCUCUCGAUGUUAUUACCUAGAGAACCACGGGCAAAGCCUACACCCAACAUGAAUUUUAUUGUUCCUGGAUCGCCUAGUAUUGCUGAUCCAGCUACAACGAUCAGUUCUGUUCAACCUUCCUUUAGCAUAUCCAGCUGCUCUGACUACCAUGGUCAUUGUGUUGACACGGCUAGAACUACGUUCAUUUCUCGACAAAGCAUUACCGAGGUCACAUAGGGAUUUGCCCCGGGAAAUCCAGUUCGAGAGGCAGUCAUGGAGCCUUAUGCGACUGUCGUUGGGUCUAUGGAGGUCUCUCGAAACGUGUCUACGCGCGCCUCAUCAUUGAUCGCUUCAAAUUCGCCGUCUAUCUGUGACAUUCGAAGGACAAGCGCUAAAUUUAAUUCCACCAUUGAAGAGUCAGCCCAUGUUCAGGAGCCCAAGCUUCAAAGUAAAAGGCGAUCGGUGUCCGAACCAGUCAGCCCCAGAAGGUCUCUAGGAGAUAUCAAAAUCCCCACUAAUCGUUGCCGGGAUGGUUCGAUGACAUGUUUCCCGAAGCUUCCCUCGAGAUCAUGUACUAGCGACUGGUUAACGCCGCUCGGCCUGUUUAAUGAAUUCGGUAUGCCACAACAGAGAGAAAUGAUGCCGGACCUUUACGCUCGUGGUGUAGAUGCACAUUGCGGGAUUAAUGUUUCUAGGCCUUUAGAAAUACUCGAGGAGUCACCACGUCAAACCCCAGUUCCACCCACUGACCCCCCUUUUCGGGAAUCCAUGGUGCAAUGGCCUGGUAAACUAGAUGAAAAGCCCGAGAAAUUGAGUAGGAAAACGGGACGUGCAAUCGGCGCGUCUUCACACCGUCGAAAGAGCAGCUUUAAGUCCCCUGGAGUUUGGGCAUCCAGUACGAACCAUGGCCUUUUAGAUAAACUGCGUCGUUAUAGUUUCAUGCCAUUGCUAGAUCAGACAUCAGAGAGCUCUCGCAAGGUACUACCUCUCCCGCGAGCGUGGGACGAACUACCACUGCGAGAAGAAGGAGGUAGGAGGUAUUCAUCUCAAGCGCUUCUACAAGGACUCCUGGAUGGUAAACCGGCUUCGAACAAAUCGUCGCGGAAAUCAUCCAUGUCCGGGGCCCGAAGGCAGAGGAAGAAGACUGGUUCGUCGGCGACGCAGAAAAGGCAUAGCGCUGAGCCCGGUCGCAUGUCAUGUUCGGAAGAUCAGACGCCGCACAUAUGUACAGACGAACAGUUGACACCCUUUUCGGGGUCGGAAACGGCAUGGUUCGAGUGAAAUAGGCUGCUUAAUACGACGAGGCCUGUGGAAUAAUCGCUUCGUCUUCAUAGUCCUAUUCGAUUGGCUGCAUUACGGUUCUCGAAUUUGGCACCUGGCUAUACUAUUGAUUCCAGGAUAUGAAUCUUGUCCAAUGCAGGUAGAUAGGUAACUAACUUAACCGAUGACCUAUUAAAGAUGCACGUAUAAAUACGACCAAUGAAUCAUCUUAACUAUUUUACUCGUGAGAUCAAAUAGUUAGUUGAUUUUCCAUUCGAAUUCUACGUUCUUCAUCAUGGGCCGUGGCAGACCGCUUCAUCACGU